AGGAUGAGCAUUCAAAUUAAUCACGCAGUUGUUCGAUGAAGUCGGCCAAGUGUUCAAGAAUUGGUGUAACAUGGGAGGAAAAUCUAAAGUUUAGGGUGCAAAUUUGAAUUGUGAGUUACAAAUUGGUCACAUCAAAUGCAACUUUUUCAGGCUAUGGAGCAGUCGACGGUCAAAGGAGCUAUCAGAAAGUAGCUACCUUUCCAAUCGAGUGACCGGAGUCUCUAUCAAAUCUCACGGUCCGGCAACCAAGAACACGGAUUGAUCCGAUUUUCCGGCACCCAAUGGCCCAAAAUCCAAGACCCAGAAGCAGCCUGCUCGAUUCACUGGGCGAGGAAAUCGUCAGGAUCGUGACCCCCGUCUCAAUCUGCAUGUUCUUGGUCGUAAUCCUCGUCUCGGUGUUGAAUUCCUCGUCUUCCUCGUCCGGCUCGGUGACCUCAAUCGCCACGAUUGCGUACUCUGAGACCGACUCGGACUCCUCGUGGGACAAGUUCGUUGGCGCCCUCCUCAACUCCCUCGCCUUCGUGGCGGUCGUCACGGUGGUCACCUUCGUCCUCGUGCUGCUCUUCUACCUCAGGUGCACCAAGUUCCUUAAACUCUACAUGGGAUUCUCCGCCUUCAUCGUACUCGGUUUCAUGGGAGGUGAGGUGUCGCUGUUCUUGAUUCAGGACUUCAGCAUCCCAAUUGACUGCAUCGCAUUCUUCCUGCUGCUGUUCAACUUUGCUGUCGUCGGGGUUUUGGCUGUUUUUAUGUCGAAAAUGGCGAUCUUUGUCACGCAGGGUUACUUGGUUAUCAUUGGGAUGUUGGUUGCUUAUUGGUUCACUAUGUUGCCGGAGUGGACCACUUGGGUUCUGCUUGUUGCCAUGGCUUUGUAUGAUCUUGCCGCUGUUCUGCUGCCCGUCGGGCCGUUGAGGCUUUUGGUCGAGCUUGCAAUAUCGAGGGAUGAAGAUAUCCCGGCUUUAGUUUAUGAGGCUAGGCCGGUGACUCACCACGACUCAGGUAAUAAUGGCGGGAAUCAGAGAAGGGUGUGGAGAGAGAGGAGUGAACCGGCAACUACUGAAUCCGAGAAUUCAGUCGAUCGGCCAGCUACUGUCCCAAAUUCUAAUUCCAUGCCGGACUCGCAUCCUCAUUCUGCUUCGGUUUCUGAUAGAGAAACCUCGCUCUCUGCGCCCUUGCUUGAACGCAGGGCGAGCAUCGAGUCUGAGAGGCGCAGGGAAGAUGCUGCGUUGGGCGAUAACUUGGCCCUUGAGGGAAUGGGAUUGGGAUCCUCAGGCGCAAUCAAACUGGGGCUCGGAGACUUUAUCUUCUACAGCGUGUUAGUGGGCAGGGCGGCAAUGUACGACUUCAUGACAGUGUAUGCUUGCUACCUUGCCAUUAUGGCGGGGCUCGGUGUCACGCUGAUGCUGUUGGCCUUCUAUCAGAAGGCUCUCCCUGCUCUUCCAGUAUCGGUCUUGCUAGGUGUGUUGUUCUAUAUUCUGACUCGGUUCGUUCUAGAGAUUUUCAUUGUACAAUUAUCUUCAAACCUGUUGAUGUUCUGAGACACGAAUUCGUCUCGAAGUUGUACCAUUAGCUUCCUGAAUUGGUUUACUUGUAUAAUUUGUGGCGAUGGUGAAGCACGCGUCAGAUCAUUGUGCUUCUUCACCAGAUUCUUUUCCACUUUCAGUCUUCAGAAUAUAUCUGAUUCCUUCAGAUUCAUUAGAAUAA